AUGAACGGUGCCGCAGGACCUAGCAAAGGCGCGAUGAGCGUAGAAGGCGGGAACAGUGAUGUUACGCCGUCGGGAGAAGCGAUCUUGCGGGCGCCUCAGAAACGGUUCUAUCGUCAAAGAGCACAUGCCAAUGUAUUCAACGAUCACUCUCUCGACUAUCCCCCAAGUCCAGAAGAGAUGGACUGGUCGAUCCACUAUCCGGCAUACUUCCCUCAGGGGCACGUCGGGUCUACAUCUCCAACGGGGGAGAAGAGGGUGGAAUGGGCGGAUGUAGGAUGUGGGUUCGGAGGGUUGUUGAUGGAUCUGGCGCCGAAGUUUCCGGAUGUUCUCAUGCUCGCAGGAAUGGAGAUCCGUACCUCAGUCACCAGCUACGUACACGACCGUAUCCUCGCCACACGUCAAUCCCAGUCCCUCCUCCCUUCUGAUCCCUCCUCCACUUCCGCCUCCAUACCAGCCUCGACCUCGACUUCACCCGACGACCUCCCCACUCAGCGCCAACCCGGAGGAUAUCAAAACGUCUCGGUCAUCCGUGCGAACAGCAUGAAGCAUAUGCCAAACUUCUUCGCCAAGGCGCAAUUGAGCAAGAUGUUCUUUCUGUUUCCGGAUCCGCAUUUCAAGUUGAGGAAACAGAAGGCUAGGAUCAUCACAACCCCCCUGAUUGCGGAAUAUGCACACGUCCUCCGGCCCGGCGGGAUCCUAUACACUGUAACGGACGUACACGACCUUCAUAUCUGGAUGGCGUCCCACCUCGAUAGACAUCCGCUCUUCCGGAGAAUACCAGACGAGGAGAUGGUCGGUGAUGAGGUGCUCGAGUCGGCGAGGACGGCGACCGAGGAAGGGAGGAAGGUGGAGCGGAAUAAGGGAGAUAAGUGGGUGGCUUGUUAUAGGAGGGUGGAGGAUGAUGAGGCUUAA